GUGUGUGUGUGUGUGUUUGAUGGUUUGAGCUCGGGCUCUCCUGUCAAUAUCGCACUUUAAAUGCUCCGAUGUAAUGCGAUGGGAUUCUGAUCAUGGAUAAAAGCCGAGUCCUGAUCGUGUGUGUGUGUGUGCUGGGGUUUGCCGGCCGAUGUGUCGGUCUAUUGUGUAACUGCACCACAUCUCAGUGUGAAAAGAAUGGCUACCGCUGCGAGACGACGGGGGCCUGCAUGGCUUCGACCUCCCUUAUUGACGGCCAGGAGCAGCACGUUCGAAUCUGCAUCGAUAAAGAGAAGCUGGUUCCUCCUGGGCAGCCCUUCUUCUGCCUGAGUGCCGAGGGGCUACUCAACAUCCACUGCUGCUACACAGACUACUGCAACAGUCUCGACCUCAAGGUGCACUCGGUGACUGUACAGCCUGACUCGUCCACCGUGAUGGGCAGCUGGGGGCCGGUGGAGCUGGCCGCUGUGGUUGCAGGUCCUCUUUUUGCACUGUGCGUGCUGGUGCUGCUGGGCCUCUUCCUGUUCCAACACCACCAGAGGGCCUACGGCCACAGGCAGAGGCUGGAGGUGGAGGACCCCAGCACUGAGCACCUGUACCUGGCAAAGGACAAAACUCUGCAGGACCUCAUCUACGACCUGUCCACAUCCGGCUCGGGGUCAGGCCUGCCUCUGUUCGUGCAGAGGACAGUAGCCCGGACUAUUGUGCUGCAGGAGAUCAUAGGGAAGGGUCGCUUUGGAGAGGUGUGGAGGGGGAGGUGGAGAGGAGGAGACGUAGCGGUGAAGAUUUUCUCUUCUCGAGAAGAGCGCUCCUGGUUUCGCGAGGCUGAGAUCUAUCAGACCAUCAUGCUGCGGCAUGAGAACAUCCUGGGCUUCAUCGCCGCCGACAACAAAGAUAACGGCACAUGGACUCAGUUGUGGUUGGUGUCGGAUUAUCACGAGCACGGCUCCCUGUUCGACUAUCUGAACCGGUACUCCGUCACCAUCGAGAUCAUGAUCAAACUGGCGCUUUCUGCCGCCAGUGGCCUGGCACACCUGCAUAUGGAGAUCCUGGGCACUCAGGGUAAGCCUGGUAUUGCCCACCGUGACCUGAAAUCAAAGAACAUACUUGUAAAGAAGAAUCUCACGUGCGCCAUCGCUGAUCUAGGCCUCGCAGUACGUCACGAGUCUGUCACAGAUACCAUCGAUAUCGCCCCUAACCAGCGUGUGGGCACCAAGAGGUAUAUGGCUCCUGAGGUGUUGGAUGAGAGUAUCAACAUGUGCCACUUUGACUCCUUUAAAUGUGCCGACAUCUACGCGCUGGGGCUGGUGUACUGGGAAAUCGCCCGCCGCUGCAAUGCCGGAGGUAUCCAUGAGGAAUACCAGCUCCCCUACUAUGACCUGGUUCCCUCCGACCCGUCCAUUGAAGAGAUGAGAAAGGUGGUGUGUGACCAGAGGUUACGACCCAACGUGCCCAACUGGUGGCAGAGCUAUGAGGCGCUCCGUGUGAUGGGGAAGAUUAUGAGGGAGUGCUGGUAUGCCAACGGCGCCGCUCGCCUGACCGCUCUGCGCAUCAAAAAGACCCUGUCUCAACUCAGCGUGGACGAGGAUGUCAAGAUGUGAAUGAAGCCCGAGCAGACUGACAGUCAGAGAACACUGUAAAAAAAAGAAAGUGUACAAAAUUACUACUACUACUAUUACUACUACUACUCCAAACUAUCCUGCCAGUUUGAGAAAAACGUAACGCCGUCGGUCGAGUUGUGACGCGGCCUACCUCACCCACAAAGCCAAAACUACUUACACAAAUUGUAUUGCGUCAUAUUCUUGAACUCAACUGCUCCUCUGUCCCUUUUUUUUUUUUUUUUUUUUUUAAACCCAUGGUCGCAGACUGCAAGUUCUGGUCCUGCUGAUCCCCGGCGAGCACUGCUGUCUCUGUAAUAGCUCUCAGCUGAUCGCUAAACUGUAUUAGCACGGUAUUGGGGUUUAAUUUCUCCAGCUAUUUCAACGAGCCGCAUAUCAGCAGCCUUAAACCAGAGAUGACCUUUCAACUCUGCGUGCUGUGCAAACUCCUAACAUCCGGGUCCGGGCUGCCGUCGUGUCAUGAAGUGAAAUUGUAACGUGGGUUUGUACAGAUUUUAUUGCACUCCGUCUGUCUUGCCCUUGUAGGAACGUGGAUUGUGUGUGUGUAAAACCUUAGAGAUUUUACUUGAAUGCAGGUGCUAUUUUAAGCUUUAGCGUUGUUUUUUCCGGUAAAAUUGGGUGCGUAGAAUUUUACCCGAACCUCAGAUUUAAAACGAGGGUUAAAGAAAAGACAGGUUAGUAACUCCAGGCAAAGGUAUCUUUGAAAAAAAAAAAAAAAAACGUUAUUCUGGCACUACUGAUUAAUAUAUAUAUGUGUGUGUAUGUGUGUUCAAAAGAGUGACUUCAGGAAAGCUGGACAGUGCCUAAAAUGCUUUCUGUUCAUAGAUCAUUAAUCUGUCAUUAGUGCAUUUAUUCACGGUCGCCCUGUGUAGUUUGCAUGUAAUGUGUGUGUGUGCGUGUGUGUGCGUGUGUGUGUGUGUGUGUGAGAACUGGAUAAUCGCCACCUCUCUCUUUCUAUGACUCAUUCACAAGCUAAGGUUAUUUUCGAUCGAACAUUCUCCAUUUGCUCUUUUAGUCUCUCCAUCGCCGCUCUUUCUGUUAGACUCGGUAAUAUAGAAUGUAUUUUUUGGAAAGGUGCAGCGGUGUAGAUCUCCUUCCCUUCUGUCUUUAGGUCGAUUGGAUACUAAGCUUUUUUCAUUGUUUUUUUCUUUUCUUUCCUCCGCUGCUGUCACACUGAGGGGAUCGGUAGAUAGGGUGAAGCUGUCUGAUCCUAACCCUUACACACUGGUCACUUUAAUAUUAAUAAUAGUAAUAAAAAACAAUCUUUCGGUUUCACAUUUUCUCACCGUAGCAUCCCGUAGCAACAGUAUAUGACCAAUCGAACAGUAUCUAUUUGGCAAUUCGCCUCUUAACCACGAAAGCACUGGAAAUGUGUCGAGUAGAUGAAACGUAUAUGCAACAUACACAGGGAGUGCGCCAGGUAGGUCGAAUUUCCCUCGGAGCGUUGGAGCUCGCCCCCCGGCGUGGUGUGCAUGCGGAGACAGGACGAGCUGUGAAAAAGCCAGCGUUAAGGAGCGGCCUCAGCUCUGUGACACUGUAUUUUUGACUACUAUUCCACACAAGAACCUUUUAUAUAAUCAGUACUACUGCCCUGCUCCUGCUCACUCUCUCCCUUGUUCUUCUUGAUAUGCAAGUUGUAAAUAGUUUCUAUGUAUGAUUUCUGUUUCCCCGUUUGGAAGUUUUUUUUUUAUUUUUUUUUUUAAUCCUAUAGACAAUUCUUAAAGCUUGCUGUAUUUUUGUGAUGACCUUUUUUUGACUGUACACUCACAGGUACUACUGAUCUCUAAUAGUCUCUCUCUUGUUCUUUCUCUCUCACUCGAUUAUUCAGUCUUAAGGAUAACGGUAUACGGAUACUCACUGUAUAAAUAGGACGCGUAGUCAUGUUAAAGGAUGAAGAGUUCUUAGGAUUCGAUGCCAGCGAGGCAUGAAAUUGUUAAUCAGAACCUCUCAAGCAUGUGAAAGCCAAAAAUAAUAUUUAUGGAGAGUUGGUUGUCUUUUACGUGGUUCUUAUGUUCUUAUUAGGACUCUUGAUGUAAAUGGGAGAAGACCUGUGUGUGUAUGUGUGUGUGGGUGUGUUUCUUACACUGGAUUCUACACUACUGAAUACACUCGAGUACUCUAAAACUGAAACACAAACUCCACACUACUGUCUGUGUCUCUGCUGAUCCUGAGACUGCUCUCAUGGUGGAGCAUCAGCCAGUCGUGAAACUGUUCUUUUUUUUUUUAGGUACAGAUAAGAUUUUUCAUGUUUAUUAUUAUUAUUAUUAUUAUUAUUAUGUCUAUGAGUUCUUUCCUAUUUCUUAGUGGUAUUUUCCCCCACUUUGAUUUCACCUCUCCAGCUGAAAGUGUAUGUACAUAUAAUAUUUAUAGCUUCCUGACAACGUUUCUGCUGCUGCUGUAUUUUGGAGGCAUGAGCAUAGUCAGGGUUAUAAUAUUUAUGAAUCUAGGUCGGCUCCUGUUAUGAUUCUAAUUCAGAAGAGACCUGUGUAGCUAAGAUGCCUGAAAUGCCUCGUCGUUCUUCUAAUACACGGGCUGGAUACGAGCCUUCGUUGCUAUGUAUUACUAUAAGGAAAAGGUGUAUAUUGUAACAGAUUGACCUUUUGACCCUGUAACCUGUCUGCUGAGUGUAAUCUCAGUCAGCUCCUAAACCCAAAUCAGUCUUUUCAGGAAUUGUUUCCAAUCAUGUAUAUAAGUAAUAUUAUACAGUAAUAAAGACAUUUUUCCUACA